AUGUGUACAAUUUUCCGUUUGGUUGCUGGAAAGUAUGGAAGGAAGAUGGGAAAUGGAUUUAUUUUGAACAUGGACUUGUUCAAGAAAACCAUGGGGCCAGUGAAGAAGGCACUGGCAGAUGCCCAAUUGAGGAAAUCUGACAUUGAUGAGAUUCUGCUCGUUGGAGGAAGUACUCGGAUUCCAAAAGUUCAGGAAUUAUUGAAAGAUUUUUUUGAUGGGAAGGAGCCGAAUAAAGGUGUGAAUCCUGAUGAAGCUGUGGAUUAUGGAGCUGCAGUUUAUGAUGAAAUUCUUAGUACUGAAAGAGAUGAAAGAAUCUACGGUUUAGGUUUGCUUCUUCUGGCUCCCCUAAGUCUUGGUAUCGAAACUGCUGGUGGGAUUUAUGAAGGUGAAAGGAGCCUGACAAAGGAUUGUUGUGAGCUUGGAAAGUUUAAUUUCUCUGGCAUUGCUCCUGCUCCAAGGCAAGUUGACAGCAUAAGACAUCUCAAUAUAGAGACCAAAAUUGAGUUAACACUUGAGGUUGAUAACAUUGACAUCAAAACUGUAAAAGCUGAGGACAAGGCAACAAAAAAGUCAGAAUCCUUCACCAUAAACGCUGGCAUGAGGUGUCUGAGUCAAGAAGAGACCGAAAGAAUGGUGAACGAGGCUGAGGAAUUUGAGGAAGAACAUAAGAAAAUAAGAGAGAAAAUUGGUGCCAGGAAUGGACUGGAAAGCGUCAUGAGUGAGGAAAAAGAGAAUAAGAUUGAUGGUCAUGAUAAAGAGAAGCUUGGAAGCUCCAUGAAGACAACCAGAAUGCUGAGAAGAAUGAGGAGGCUGAAGGUGUUUAUAAUCCUAUUAUUAUUAGACAGGUUUAUGAGAAGAGUGGUGGUGCAAGUUCAGGUUAUUCACAGUGAGAAGAAGAGGAAGAUGAAUACCAUCAUGAAUAAAGGAGAGAAAGAUGAUAAAAAAGAAGAAAGAAUUCAGUUUUUUAUCAUGAGUGCUUGA